AAUAGCAAUGCAUAAUAACAAGAAUAUAGAUAUGAGAAAGGAAUCAGAUGAUAUCAAAGGUCAACAGCAGAACAUUAAUUUGAUGGCAGGCCCUAGUUGCAGUGAGCUGGAAUUUGUUGAUGCACGAGAAGCAUCGCCAGAUGUAGUAGAAGAACUCAUUAUUGGGAGGACAGCAGAGAAAGGGAAAAUAAUUGCUUCUUUACUUGAUGGUAUGUCAGAAAAGAUCAUCAUCCUUCCUAUAUAUGGUAUUGGAGGCAUUGGCAAGACAACUUUUGCAAGAUUGAUUUACAAUGAUCCAAAUUUUAAAUGUUAUUCUCAUGUAUGGGUUCAUGUGUCCCAGAUAUUUGACUUGAAUAAAAUUCGUGAGUAUGUGAUUUCACAACUAUCUGGAAAAGAAAGCCAGGCUAUUGAAAGACAGAUAAUACAUAGUUGCCUCACAGAACUACUUUCUGGCAAGAUCCUGGUUGAUUUAGAUGACCUAUGGGAGGAAGAUCAAUUCCACCUGCAGGAGUUAAAGGAUAUGCUAUAUCAUGCUGAUAGCAGCAUAAUUAUUUUAGUAACAACACGCAGUGAACGUGUUGCCAGGAGAAUUUGUACUAACCUUCAACCAUACAAGAUAUUACCCUUGACAAAUGACAUUUGCUGGGAUAUAAUAAAACAAAGAAGUUCUUUUGAAUCUAGAAACGACAAAAGACAGUUGAUGGAUAUUGGAAGGGAGAUUGCCAAGAAGUGUAGGGGUGUGGCUUUAGCAGCUCAAUCUCUAGGCUUCACUUUGCGGUCCAUGAACAUUGAUCAAUGGAUUAAGGUGAAAGAAAGUGGUAUCUGGAAUGAACCUAUUUCAGAUUAUGCAUCAUUGCCAAAUCAUGUUCUUGCAUCUUUGAAGUUAAGUUAUAGCCAUAUGGAUGCAAGCUUGAAGCCAUGCUUCACCUUUUGUGCAAUCUUUCCAAAAGGUCACAAGAUAGUUAAAGAUGAUUUAAUUUAUCAAUGGAUUUCUUUGGAUUUCAUCAAACCAUCAAACAUGCUCUCCAAUUUGCAGCUCGGUGAGAAGUAUAUUGGGCAGCUGCUGGGACUAUCAUUCUUUCAACAUUCAGUACCCACGUUCAAAGCAAACUUACAUAUAUUGCAACUUUGA